AACAGCACAUUUAGUGCCUCAAUUGUGUGAGUGAAAUCGAAAUAUUGCAAAGAUUAGCUUUCCUUUAAAGAUUUACAACUCUUUUCAGUGUUGGACUUCUGCAAUAUUCAACUUCUGUUCCAAACAAACAUUUUAAUUUGCAGUUUGUCACCGGAAACUUGAGUUUCUUUCGACCGCUUUGACCCCUGUGUAGUAAGGAGGGUGUCUUCGGUCUCAAACGGUUACCGUCUCUUUCUUGCCCUGUUCAUUUUCCCACCUUAAAUCAUCACUCGUUUCUCUUCAUAAUGGCGGCCGUUGUCCGCCUCCUUCCCGCCGUCACGUUCUCGCUGUUAUCUUGUUUUCCCUCCGCGGUGUCCUCGCGCAGAGACGUGCUCGAGCUCAGGGACGCAGACUUCGACUACCUGGCAACGGAGCACGAGACCAUGCUGGUGAAAUUCUACGCUCCAUGGUGUGGUCACUGUAAGAAGUUAGCCCCAGAGUUUGAGAGAGCAGCGACCCGACUGAAGGGAACCGUCCAGCUGGCAAGGGUGGACUGUACAGCUAACUCAGAGACCUGUGGUCGUUUCGGGGUUUCUGGUUACCCCACUCUGAAGAUCUUUAGGAGCGGGAAAGACUCUGCCCCUUAUGACGGACCUCGCACCGCAGAUGGGAUAUAUCACUACAUGAAGAAACAGACCGGUCCGGACUCGGUUCACCUGAAGUCUGAAGAAGACCUGCAGACCUUCAUCAACCACUAUGAUGCCAGUAUCAUCGGUGUGUUUUCAGGUGCAGACAGCUCUCGCCUGACAGAGUUUCUGAGAGCUGCAGGUCUGCUAAGAGAACAGUUCCGAUUCGCUCACACUACUGACCUGAUGCUGGGCGAGAAGUACGGAGUGAACUCUGAGUGUGUGUUGUUGUUCAGACCUCCCAGACUGGACAAUAAGUUUGAGGACAGCGUUGUGGUCUUCAGAGAUUAUCUGACUAUCGGAUCUCUGAGACGCUUCAUCAGGGAUCACAUUUAUGGACUGUGUCCUCACAUGACUGUGGAGAACAGGGAUCGUCUGAGGGUUCGUGACUUGCUGACAGCGUACUACGACCUGGACUACCAUCACAACGCCCGUGGGUCCAACUACUGGAGGAACAGGGUGAUGAAGGUGGCAUCUAAAUAUGCUGGGCGGGGCCUGACAUUUACAGUAGCCAAUAAGAAGGACUUCUUGUCUGAACUGGAAGAUGACUUUGGUCUGGGAACGUCAGACGGGGGAGAGCUGCCAGUCGUCACGAUCCGGACCAAACUGGGCCACAAGUACACCAUGAGAGAGGAGUUCACGAGGGACGGUCAGUCCUUGGAGAGGUUUCUGGACGAUUACUUCACAGGUCGACUCAAACGUUACAUUAAGUCUGAGCCUGUACCUGAGAGAAACACUGCGGCUGUCAAGGUGGUCGUUGCUGAGUCUUUUGACGCUGUCGUCAAUGAUCCCGAUAAAGACGUUUUGAUCCAGUUUUACUCUCCGUCCUGUCCACACUGCAAGAAACUGGAGCCGGUCUACAGAGAGCUGGCUGACAAGCUGUCUUCUAAUCCGAACGUCGUCAUCGCUACGAUGAACGCUGUCGAUAACGACGUCCCACUGGGUUACGACGUCCACGGGUAUCCAACCAUUUAUUUGGCUCCGGUGGGUAGAAAGGACGAGCCCAUCAGAUACGAGGGGGCUCGAGAGCUCAAAGACUUCCUGAAGUUUCUGAAGCGUGAGGCACGUCACAGUCUGUCGCUCAGCAGCUCGAAGGACGAACUCUGAUGUGUUUUCAUUGAACAGCGGGUCUCCAUGACGACGGACAGGUCAGAGUCCUGAUCCCUCUGACUGACCUGAACCUGAAUCUGGACAAGAGACAUUACCCCAUUAUUACACCAACACCCGUCCACGACAUCACAGACCGCUUCGUUUUGGUUCGUUCUCAUUUUUGGAUGAAGGCACAGUCCCACAGUCAGCUUUUUUUUUUAGCAUGUUGAAAGGCAUUCUGGGAAAUGUAGUGAGUCAGUAAUGACAUUUGUCAGCUAGUUGAACAAACACAAACCCUUUUGAUUCAAGAGGUGACUGUUUGUAUUUGUUCUGCAGUGUUUCACAGUGUGAACGUCAGCUGCCCGGCGGAGACGCUGGAUGUUUGUUCACACACACGUCGUCUUAACUUGCGCGUGAGGACAAAAGUACCAGUUUCUGAGCCUUGAGUGUUUGGUCAGAGCGGUCAUUUUGUGUUUGUGCUGAGUUAAAAUCAGUACAAACAAGCAAUCAAAAUCAAACCCAACCGACUGGUGGAUAAAAAUAUUCCAAUGUUUUCAUUACAUUUCAGACAUGAUGAAAAAUAAGUCACUGCCUUUGAUAAGCUUGAGAUAUCCUGUAAAAUGAAAUGAAGUUAAAAUUCAGUUGAAUUUGGUCUCAGAUUUCUUCGUCUUCCUCCUGACUGCAGUCAGUAGAAGAAGAACCUUAAGUUGUGAUGUGACAUUCGUGUCAUAUCUGACUUAUUAACACACCAUAACUAUGGACCUGGAUCUUUCUAACACAGAACCUGGUUUGUUACGCACAGUGAUUCACAAACUUGAAGGUUUUUUGUAAAACAUUCAGCAAAAUGAAAUCAAAGAAACACUACCUUUAAACAGUUAAUUUCUUCAGUUUCAGGUUUAAUGUUUCUAAUCUGCUUUAUGUUUUCAUGUGAGGGGAUGUUUCGACUCCUGCUGCCUUUAAAUGUCUGCCUGACACUCAGUUUAGUGGUUUAGGAGGACCAACAUCAGACCAACAUGAGGACAACAUGUUAAAACUUGUCAAGUGGACUUUGUGUUGUUCAAACAAGAUGAAAGUGAAACCGUUUUCACAGCAGCUGUCAGUUUAUUUGUCCAUUUCAUCAUCUGUGGAUAUUUAUUUGUGUGUUCUUAUUUAUUACAUUAGCAGAUCUCUUUGUGAUGCAGUGCUGAGCCUUUUUACUGUGAAGACGAGCUCUGCUGUGUUCAAUAAAAGCGACUGACUUGAAGCUGUGACAGCAUGGAAGUCACGUGAUCACCAAUCACCACAGCGAUUAGCAGCUAGAAAAACAUCGAUCAAAGUUGACUCAUGAUACAGAGAAAUGAUAAGUUAACAAAUGGUUUCUUUCCUUUUACCGUGAAGUUUCGUUAUUUUGGUUUGUUUGCUUCUUUGUUUGCAUUUUACUGCUAGCUGUGGUCAUUCGUUAUUUCAACCCUGUUGACUAAUAAACUGAUUUUUUUAUUGAUUAAAAAUGAUGAUGAUGUUAGCUUAAAAGCUAAUAUUUGCUGCUGGAGAUUAUUCAGAGAAAUCUGAAGUUUAAGCUAAUAUGUGGUUCGUUUCAUGUCGCCGUAACUUAAGGGAGACACGGGAAGAAAGUUGUGAUUAAAUGUUAAUAAAAUGUUUAUUUUACUUCCUCUGUCAACAUUUCUGCCUAAGUCACAGCAACAAUGAAGACAACAACUGCCAUGGUCCCGCGCUGUUUCAAUACGCCAUCAAACUACGUGUUUUACUUUAGAGUCCCAUAAAAAAUAAAUAAACCCAUCGUUAAAAACAUUCAAUG